UUUGCUGGUUUGUUUUUAAAUCCAUGGGUCCCUUGCAAAGUGGCUCUUGCAAUCGAGACCCCCUGGGCACUGCCCCAUGGGCCUCUGGGCCCCGCAGUGAAAUGGGGAAAUUCGGGGUCCUUCGGGGGCUCCUGCCCAGCUCGCCCUGCCCCGCUCUGGGCCUGGUGCUCUCCUCUCGGGCAGCCUUCUGGCUGGGCUGCAGUUAAUCAUUAACCUCCCAGGAGCCCGAUAAGAUGCUCACUUGGAGCCCAGCUCUCUCCCUGCACCACAGCCAGCAGGGCCCCAGCAGACCGGAGCCGUCCCUGGCUGGGCGGAAGGGAGGAGGACGCAGCAGGCUUCCUGACUGGCCCUUUGAAGUGGGCCUGGCCCGGCCCGGAUCCCCCUCCCCACCCUCUUCCCCUCCAGAGAGGGAACCGCAGGCAAGUGGAAGCAUUUCAGCCCUGAGGACGAGACUUAGCCAAGCUGCGAGGGACGAGGGGGGGGGCAGAGAGAGAGAGACCCCCUCCUCACAGGAGACUUCGUGGUGGUGCCUGGAGGGGGGGGGCAUCAAUGGCCAUUGAGAAGCCUCUUUCAGCCGGGGCAGAGAGGCAGCCUCUGGUGGACCUGGGGGCAGACCCACGCCUUCCCUCCAGCCCUCUCCAUCCAGGGGCACUGAGGACCCCCAGUUCUGGACGCAGCUCUUGGUCCGGCUCUCCAGCUGCUUCCCCACCUGGUGCCUACCAAUGGUCAGCCCGGCCAGCCUUCCCCGAUGGACCUCAGGACCCGGGAGGGCCCUCUCUGAAGCCCAUCCGACGCUUCUUUCCUCCGUCCUGGAAGAACGCUUUCAGGACGUGGUGGAGGUGGCCCCCGCAAGAGCCCUCUCCCUUGGCCCACCCCCCGGGAUUCCCAACCCCCCCACCAGGUUUGGAGGGUCCUCAGAGAGCCACCCUGGAUGGGGGGGAUGGUUCCACCAGUAGUGAGAGGAAGGAUGAGGGUAAGGAACCCCUCUCAGAUGCCACCACCUCUUCCACAUCCGGAAAGAGCACGACCGUCGGUAGCCACGGUGGGGCCUCCCCAGCUCCACCAGCAUAUAAGGAGAAGCUGGAGGCCUAUGGAGACCACAAAUACGCCCACCUGAAGUCCUGGCCUGGCCUCCUGCGGCUGCUGGGGGGGCUGGAGCUCCUUUUGGGUGGGACGGUCUUCGCCUGCACGGCGGCCUACAUCCAGAAGGACUACCAGUGGUCCCAGUUUUAUGGCAACGGCUUCCCCGGAAUGGACUACGGUUCCUAUGUCCCAAUGACCCCGUUUGUGCUGGUGGUGGUCAGCCUGGUGUGGCUGCUGACGGUCAUCCUGCUGGCCCUGGGGGUGACCACGCACUACAGGGUCAUCCUCCUCCGCUCCCACUGGUGGCCCCUGGCCGAGUUUGCCCUCAACCUGUCCAUGUUCCUGCUCUACCUGGCGGCCGCCAUUGCCUACAUCAAUGACCUCAACCGGGGUGGGCUCUGCUACUCCGCCUUUGCCUACGGCCCCCUCCUCAUGGCUCUGUGCCGGGUGGAAGGGGGGCAGGUGGCUGCCACGACCUUCCUCUUCCUCACCCCCGUGCUGUACCUGACGGGCUCCCUCGUCUCCCUCAAGAUGUGGCGGCGCGAAGCAGCCCGGAGGAUGCUGCUCCCGCCGAAGCUGGUUCUCCCGCAAGGCGGUUCCCCUGAGCACCGGAGGAUCCCUCUGGGCACGGGGCGUCCAGCCGGCCGGGUCUCCAGGCGCGUCAUGUUCUCGGAGGAAGGAGGACCCGAGGUGUUGAACGGGGCCAUCCCGGUGGGCCAUAACCCCGACCCGCUUAUCGUCCCUGAUUAUAUUGUGAGGUACCCGGCCAUUGGGAGUCCGGCCGAGCGCGAGAAGUACAAGGCCAUCUUCAAAGACCAAUACCUGGAGUACCAGUCGCUCUUCCGUGAAAUUCAGGCCACGAGGCAGAGAUUUAAAGAGCUGGAAGCCCUGAUGUCCAGGUUGCCAGCCCAGCUGCAGAACAGAGAGGAGCAAAGCCGCCUCUCGGCUGUUUGGCGGACGUACAGAGGCAAGAAGAAGGACCCCUCCUUCCUGGAGAAGCAGGAGCGCUGUGACUACCUUAGGAAGAAGCUCUCCCAUCUCAAGACUCAGAUCCAGACCUUCGACUCCGAUCGGAGCGAGCCCUCCACAAUUCUUUGACCAGGGGGCCGAAGCCCAGCCCUGGCCAUGGAGAAUGGGAUUCGGACGCCAGACGGCAGACCCAGCUGCCCUUCAGGAAAGCCCCUCAGGCUGGCAAAGAGGAAGAGGACGAAGACCGGCCGUCAGGGCGAAGGGGGACCGCGGGACUGACCGUUGGGAGUGCUGAAGGACCAGCUUCCACCCUCCUGGAGGACUCUCUAUGGGAAUCUCUCUAUGGGGGGGGGGUGAUGCCAUCCUGACGGCGUGGGAUCAAUCCCUCCCGGGCAGCUGGGGGUGCCCCGUCCGUCCUGAGGCUCCUUCCCCAGGUCGGCCUCAGGGCAGUUCAUGCCCCCCCUUCGCCCACCCCAAUCCGGUUAGAUCCCACAGGCUGGGCCUCCUUCAGGUCCCGUCGGCCAAGCAGUGCCAUUUGGCGGGGCCGCGGGGGAGGGCUUUCUCUGUGAUGGCGCCCACGUCUUGGAACCAGCUUCCCCCUGGA